ACCCUGGAAAUGCAAGAGCGUAAACACCAAAGUGAGGCCUCAGAAAAAAAAAAAAAAAAAUUGAGAGUGUUUUUAGAUUUUGCAACAGUGUUUGAUCAUUUCAGUUUUCUUCUUAAUUCGGCCCUUCUUCUGUAAUUCCCCGCUUCUCUGAAUCCCUUUCUGUCAUCGUCUGUCUUUCAAGCUGAAAUAUUUGUGUCAAAAGCAGAGGUAAACAAACCUACCAGGGUUGUGUUUUUUGAAAGCCAGGUGAUCCAGAAUAGAGAUCCAGGUUUCUGUUUUCUUUUGUUCUUUUUAGUUACGAAGUUUUAGUCUUUAUUUUCUUCAGCUAAGAGGGCUUAUUUUUGGUCCCUCAAGGUUGUUUUUUAUCAUACUAUUUUGCCUGUUCUUUUGUUUUGGUUAAGAAACAGGUUGUUUCAAGUUUUAACUAGUUUUUGGAUAUGGCAGCAGCUAUAGAUAUGUAUAAUAGCAGCAGCAGCUCAGUUUUCUCAGAUCCUUUUAGAGAAGAGUUAAUGAAAGCACUUGAACCUUUUAUGAAAAGUGCUUCAUCUACCUCUCCUUUAGCUGCUGCUUCUUCUUCUUCUUCUCCAACUUGUUCUUUUUCUUCUUACCCUUCUUGCUCCUACUCGAAACUCACUUCUCCUUCACAGCCUAACAUGUACCCUGAAUUUUGCUCCCCAUCGAGCACCCACUUGUUUUCUAAUCAUGGGUUCUCUAACUACAACAACCUGAUGGGUUUCGAGCAGACAGGUUCAAUUGGGCUUAACCAACUCACCUCUUCUCAAAUCCUCCAAAUCCAAGCCCAAAUCUACCAACAACAACAGCAGCAGCAGCUUGCUUCUAUGGCUACUACAUCAUCCCUUCAAAACCAAAGGCUCAACUUUCUUUCCCCAAAAGCUGUCCCGAUGAAACAUGUCUCCACCCCUUCCAAGCCUACAAAACUCUACAGGGGAGUGAGACAGAGGCACUGGGGCAAAUGGGUAGCUGAAAUCAGCCCCAAGAACCGAACCCGCCUUUGGGCUUGGCACCUUGAUACAGCAGAAGAAGCAGCUUUGGCUUAUGACAAGGCUGCUUAUAAGCUAAGAGGAGAGUUUGCCAGGCUCAACUUCCCUCACCUCAAGCACCAAGGAGCUCAUGUUUCUGGAGAAUUUGGUGAUUACAAGCCUCUCCAUUCCUCAGUUGACGCAAAGCUGCAAGCCAUCUGCCAGAGCUUGCAGAAACAAGGGAAUUCAGGAAAGACUUGUUCUGUUUCUGAUUCAAAACCUAACAGUGUUGCUCCUUCACAGCCAAAGGUUGAGGUUGAUUACCCUGUGAAGAGUGAGGAGUUUGAUCAGUCUCCAAGAUUUUCUGAUCCUAAAGUGGAAAAUUCACUGUCAUCAUCAUCAUCCCCGGAGUUAUCUGAUGAGUCAUUGGCAGGAUCUUCUUCACCAGAAUCUGACAUCUCUUUCUUGGAUUUCUCUGAUUCAAAAUGGGAAGACAAUGAAAACUUUGGUUUGGAAAAAUACCCUUCAGUGGAAAUUGAUUGGGAAGCCAUCAGGGAACUAUCUGAGUCUUAGGAAAAAAAAACCUACUAUCAUGUAAUCUUCUUGUAUUUUCUUAGGUCAAGUAUCUUUUCUCUUGUCACGUAGGCUGUGUUAGUGUCUCUACUAGGCCUCUACAAUGAAAUUUUUGAAAUUUGUAGAGGUGCUACGGAGCUUUGAUUAAUUAGGGGUCAGUUUAGAAGUUGUAUCAUGUUAAUAUGUGUAAGAGAUCAGAGGUAUCUCCUUCCAGACUGGUCUUUGCUGGUACUUUUUUUCCUAGCAAUGGCCGUUGGAGAGCUUCCAGUUUAUGUUUGGUUUCAUAAUAGUAGGCCGGGUGUAAAGUUAAAAAAAAAAAAAAAGCUUUAAUGUCUUCUGAAUAUAUAUAUUUAAUGUACCUUUGUUUUUAUUUUUCUGUA